AUGGCAAAAAGCACCAAGACCAAAGUACAAAAUUUAUCAUCAUCGACAACGAAUUUUCUCCGAUCUUCUGCAUGGUCAAUAGAUUCAUCAUCGACGACAUCUAUACCAGUUUAUUCCACCGAAAAUAAAGCCACGACAAAAGAUGAUGAUGAUGAUGAUAGCACGAAUACUACAUUAUCAACAACCAAUGUCAAUACGACUACUACAUCAAUAACAACAACUACGGUUAGUACGACUACUACAUCAGCAACGACAACUACGGUUAGUACGACUACUACAUCAAUAACAACAACUACGGUUAGUACGACUACUACAUCAGCAACAACAACUGUCAGUACUAGUACUUCAAGUGUUGUUAGUGUAUCAUCAUCUUUAACCAACUGGUAUGGUGAUGAAAAGAUCAUCAUUAAUUGUUUGACAACGUUGACGAAUAUUACUAUUCAAAUCAUUGUACAAAAGACUGUCGGUGCAGCAUACAAUGGUCAUACCAAUUCAUUUGCAUCUGGAGUAGUAAGCUCUUCGUAUGUUGAUAAUGGCUCACAGAUCAUCUAUACAUGGACGAUUGCUAGUGGACAAAAUAUUACCUGUAGCAGUAGUUCGUACAAUGUCAAAGCCCAGUUUAGUUUGGUUGGUACACAGCAAAUAUCCAGUGCUGAUACCUAUGUAGUGACAACAACAACAAGUGUUGGAAUUACCACCACAUAUUCGGGACAUUUUUGA